AUGAGCUACGAGAAGCCUAAUCUAGAGUUGACCGAUAGCUCAGCGGAGGAUUUGACUUUGACGAAGCGGACGAGUGAUCCGAGCUCGGACUCCAGCGAAAGCAGCGGACUAUUCAAUGCAGGAUUGGAAUCUGACAGUAAAGCAAGCAUUGACAGCGGUAAUGGCACACAUAAUGGUGGAAAAAUGAAGGAGGGUUCCGGUGGUGCGUACUGUACAGCUGCAGGUCCUGUGAAGUUUGAGACAGCCAAGAUCUCCACGGACGCAGCCAAUUUGCCUCUUCCAACUAUACAGGUUGUCAAACCCGAUUCUAAAGAGCCAGUUGAAACAGGUGUGGAAACUCAAUCACCAAUCCAGAUGGCACUGAGCUCCCUUUUUGGCCGUAUUGAUCGUAAGCAGUUCGAGCAAUAUCUCAAAGAACCUGAGCAUCUAAGGGUCUAUAAGAAACAGCAUAGAAUCAAGCAGUUUCGGCGUCUGAUCCUCGCACAAGAAUUGAAUACCGCUACCGGGACACUCGAUCGAAGCGCAGGCUCCAGCAAUACUCUAAGUAGCCUUGCCGAUGGCAAUAACAAUAAUAGCAGUAACACUCCGCGAGCUAUAUGGGCCACGAAGUUCAGCCGUGAUGGCAAAUUCAUGGCCACAGGAGGUAAGGAUUGUAUACUGCGUGUGUGGAAGGUGAUUUCCUCGCCCUUGGAGCGGAACGAGAUGCAGAUUACCGCUGCCAAGCCCAAUGCUAAGCAGGUGGCACUUCGGAAACUAAGUGGCGGAGCUAGCACGGGCCGCAUCGUUAACGACACAGACGCUUCUGAAUCAGAGUCUUUGAACCUUUAUGCCCCUGUUUUUCAUCCGUUACCUUACCGAACUUUUCAGCAACAUACGCAAGACAUUUUGGACAUUGACUGGUCCAAGAACGGUUUUAUACUCACAACUUCAAUGGACAAAACGGCGCGGUUAUGGCAUUGUGAUCGUCCCAAAGCUAUCAAAACUUUUACACAUCCAGAUUUCGUAACGUGUGCCAAAUUUCACCCAAAUGACGACCGAUUCUUUAUUAGUGGAUGUCUCGAUCAUACUUGUCGACUUUGGUCUAUCUUGGAUCAUAAAGUGUCUUUCGAGUACUACUGUGGUGACAUCAUAACUGCAAUGGAUGUGUCGAUGGACGAUGGCAAAUACACGGCCAUUGGUAGUUUCAACGGCGACAUAACGAUUUUAUACACCAAAGGUCUAGACCUGAUGACCUCUUUCCACGUUCUCGAAACAUCUAAGGAGCAAGGUAAGAAGAUAACUCAGAAUGGCCCCAAAAUAACAGGCAUCGAAUUUUUCAAGAACGAGCCAGAUAAUGAUUUGAGAAUAUUGGUCACAUCUAAUGAUUCCAGAGUCCGCGUUUUUAGCGUUAAACAGAAGAAACUGCUCGAGGUCCUAAGAGGAUUUGAAAACACGCACACACAGAUCAGUGCACAUUUAAUGAUACCACCCAGCAAAAAAAAGCUGGUUAUCGCCGCAAGUGAAAAUAAGUGGGUUUAUUGUUGGCAGUUGGACUCCAGUAUGCCAAAACCAGAAGAAAAGAAGAGCUUGGAAACAACAGAGCAUCAUCAUAAGGGUUCACUUCGUGGGCUAUUACGAAGGAGUUUGAGCAUAGGAAGUAAUCAUUCAAGCGAUGCAAAGGGCAAGAAUUCCGUCUCGAGUCCAGCGUCACCAUCAUCCAAGAGCAAGCCUGAUCAGAGCAUCAAAAACUCACAUUAUGUUGCUUUUCACGCGCAUCACCACACUGCAACAACGAUGGCGGCGGCUCCCUUCAGCACUUCCAAGACGCUUGCUUUAUCUGAUGACCUCAUUUGCGAGCUCACUAUGGCUCUUAGUGAAACAGAUAACGACGUUUUUAUGAUACGCGAUGUCAAAGCGUCACGGCAGUCUGCGAAGCAGCGUCAAAAAGCGCAGCGUGACUUAGUCGAGAGACGAUUUCCGUCAAUGAUUGAGGCCAUUGGCUCUAUAAUCGUCUCUACAGACAGUUCUGGGCUCAUAAGAGUGUUCCGCUCAGACAUAUCGAGCAAUGUGAGAAAGAGACUUUUGAAAUAUUCCGCCGAGCACUUUGAAGGCUCUCAAUGCGGUUGCAAUGGUUGCACCGUGGAUUACCCUCACAGCCAUGGGGGAUUACUAGGGCUAACGAUGAAAGCGGCACAAUCAACGUUGACAAAAUCCAAGCAUCUCGGGAGCUCAACUCAUUCUAUCAAGUCGAUAGGAAGUCCCUCUCUGACUAGCAAGAAUUAG